AUGAGGCCGCUCGACGAGAAGGAGACCACGAUGGUCUUCGAGACGCUCUUCAAGUUCACGGGCCCCAACCUGAAGCACCUCCUGGAGCGGCCCUCGGCGGAGGGCCCCGACGCGGAGCCGGGCCGCUACUGCCUGCGCCUCCACAAGAACCGCGUCUUCUACGCCUCCGAGUCGCUCGUGCGCCGCGCCACCGCCGUGUCCCGCGUCCGCCUCGCCGGGGUCGUCGGCACGCCCAUCGGCAAGUUCACCCACGGUGGCGCCUUCCACCUCACCGUGCACGCGCUCGACCUGCUCGCCGCCCACGCGCGCCGCCGCGUCUGGGUCAAGCCCGACACCGAGCGCUCCUUCCUCUUCGGGAACUCGGUGCCCAAGUCCGCGCUCGCGCGCAUCACCGAGAACACCAAGUCCGGUGACGGCGUCGUCGUCAUGUCCAUGGCGGACGUGCCGCUCGGGCUCGGGCUCGGGUUCAGGGUUGAAGAAGGUUGA